GCCGCACCACCCGCCACAAACUCGACUUCCAAAGGCAAGUAUAGAAAUAUAUUUUCCCCGGAACUUUACCAACUGAAGCAAACACUUGGAAUGGACGGCAUACUUGCAUUGCGUCGAUUUAUUGGUCGUGCGAUGAAGCGUCAGCACGACCCGUUGCCCACGACACCAUCCAUUGUCCUUAACAUGAGACGAGACCAACAGGAGGCAUGUGGCAUUUGUAGGGGUGAGGCGACGCAGGUACCGUGGCUUCAUCUAAUCAAGGCAAAGGUGUCGACGGUGACGGGGACAGUUCUGGGAAUAUCCUCCGACGAGGCACCGACGAUCUCAGCCAUGCGGGAGGCGAUUCAGCUUGUGUGGCGCAUUUGGGGUCAUUUGGUCAAAGAUCUCCGCGUACACGGAGAUCUCGAUUACAUGUAUCUGUCCGUCUGGCCGCAGAUGGAGACAAAUGUGGAUAUGUCGCAGAGCAGCAUAACUUGCGAUGAACGUCCCGGGAAGGCACUGGAGGGGAUCGUUCAUCCGCAGGACACAAAACAAGGUGUGCCGCAGCAGAAGAAGCAACAGGCUGUGAAUUCCAUUCGUUGCAUAGGGGAUGCGGUGAACGGCCUGAUGGAGGGAGACAGCUCCAUAUGGAAGGGAUUCAAUUCACGUAAAUUGCAAACGAAGAGUAUCAUUGUUCCGACGGAUUUUGUUGUUGUGGAGUGUACACUUGAGAAAAAAGGCCUGCCACACCGUAUAGUGGUGGAGGACGUUGUGGAAAGCCUCACUGAACUUCAACGACAGGCGAUGGAGAUGCAGCGAAUUGCGAUUGUUCAAGCAAGAGACGCAGAAGAGAAAGUGGAACCACAGACGGAUGCCGGGAGUGGCGGGCUACGGCCCGUAUUGUAUGCUCCGAAGGUUUUUGUAUCACACGCAGGUGUCAUUGACGCAGCUGCGCAUAGUUUUCAGCGCAUUCGCAUUCGUGGGAGUUGUAUUGCCCACGUCGAGUCACUUGCACGCGCUCUUGAAACCGGUGAGCAUUUCACGGAGCGCGAAGGACUAGAACCGAUGUAUGGCAAUAACCCCGGUUCUCUCAUUAGUGCCAGGAACAUGCAUGAUGCUGAGAACGCAUCCUUGCUGCUCCCACCAAACCUUUCCUUCUGUCCUAGACACCAUGUUAACUCAACGCACGCCACGGACAGUCAAUUGCUUGGACAUCGUG